AUGGUGUUGGAGCUUCCGGAGGAAUUGUUAGAAGAGAUACUUUGUCGUGUUCCGACAACAUCUUUGAUACGGUUACGAUCUACUUGCAAACAAUGGAACAGUUUGGUCAACGACAGGAGAUUCACAAGAACGCACUUUGAUAAAGCCCCCAAGCAGUUUACAAUGUGCAUGUUGAACAACCAUCUCUUUUGUUCCAUGAGCAUCAAUCUCCGAAGCUUUCCACAUGUUGAAGUCACACGUAAAUUUGGCCUAAACAAGCUUCAUUCUAGUUUAGAUCAAAUCAAGUUUUGUCAUGUCUUUCACUGCUGCGAAGGCUUAUUGUUAUGUGUCACCAGGGAGAACCAUCCUAGGCUCGUAGUAUGGAACCCGUGUACUCGUCAAACCAGGUGGAUCAAUAGUUACAAGGGAUACACCAACACGUAUGCUCUCGGAUCCUACCAAGACCAAAAGUCACCCAACGAUAACAGCUACAAAAUAUUGAGCCACAGUGGUUAUGGAGAAAACCGAGAAUUCGAAACUCUUGAGAUUAACUCCAAUUCGUGGAGGACUCUUGACGUCACUUUGGACUUCAAACUAUCGGUUAUUGAUUGUGGCGUGUCUUUGAAGGGAAAGACUUACUGGAUUACUGAUGAUGAAUUCUUAGUCAGUUUUGAUUAUACAUCAGAAAGAUUUGAACGUCUAUCAUGUCUUCCGCGUCAGUAUACUGUUUAUGAAACUCGGUCUCUGUCCGUUGUUAGAGAAGAAAAUCUUGCCGUGUUAAUACAAGACCGUGUUACAAAGAAGGCAAAUAAGAUUAUUGAGACAAAAGCGGUGUCGUGGAGAAUGUUCUUAGCAGUUAAUUCGAAGUUGAACCUUGAAAGGUAUCUUUGGGAAAGUGGACGUUUCUUGGUCGAUGAGGAGAAGAAAGUCUUCGUGUUUUGUGAUACCGGUAGCAAGUUAUGUAUAGCGGGAGAGAACAAUCAUGUCAGACAAGUGGAUUCAGGCUUAACAGGAUAUUUGUUUACUUAUGUCCCAAGUUUGACUCAAUUCUAG